UUAUCUUUUAAAAACAAAAUUUAUGAAAAAAAAAUAUGUUAGUGAUUGAUAGAAUCAGUCUGGCGAUGUCGACUCACAAGGCAAGCAAAUAAUUGAAUGUCGUCUUCAAAAUAAAUUUCAAGAAAACCUGUCGUAAUAGAAUUCUGUUAAAACCCGUUUGCAAAAUUCCAAAAAUAAAGGAAAAGAAUAAUUUGAGGUUUAUAUUACCCACUCGGAAACUAUUAAAACGUAAUUAUCCUUUUGUACCUGAAUACUAUACACGUAAAUACCUACUAUAUACAUUCGUUCUUUGACUGGUAUUUGCAUUUGGGCCAGAGUCUGGUGCGACGAUGUUUCUCCAUCUAUUUGUCCUGUGCGGCCUAGUUUCGGUGAACGUGGCCCGACCCAGUGACCUUAUGGAGAUGAUGUGCGCGGAAAAGUGCAAGUGGGAAAGUGCGGAUUGCGGACCGUGCGAAGCGUCUGAGACACCGGAAGAAUUCUCAAAACCGGUAGUCUACUGCAAAGCGCAUAACUUGUUGACGUUCAAGAUGCCGGAUGUUGGAUGGAACGCUUCUUAUUUGGUGAAGAUCGAGGAAAGAGGUGUCGAAACGAGGAACGUUUCGGUGCACGGAUCGAAUGUGUUCAUUUUUGAGGGUUUAAAGUACAGUGCGGAAUACAGAGUUAAGGUGUGGUGGACGUUCGUUGAAUCGAAGUUAAUAAGCGGACCGGUUGUCUCUGAUUGGGUGCUAACGUGGGAGGCGGACCAUAAACCUCUUCCAGUUAUUACUUUGGAAAUGGGUGAACUGCGAAUGCAGGAAGAUGAUGGGAGGUAUUUCGCUACUGAUGUUACAUGGCAGCCGGCCGAAGAUCUGACUUGCUUUUAUCAUUUGGUUAUAAUCGGACGAGAGAAUUACGUUCAGAUGGAAAUGUUGGAACCGGGAGGAAAUUUUAGCUUGCAAAUUAUCGACUUGGAGCUGGAUCACGAUUACUCUUUCGGUAUAUCCGGGAUUGACGCGUGGAUGACGAGAGAAGGAGAAAGAACGUGGAGUAACAUUACCAUGCCAAAAUGCUUCAACGAUAACUAUUGCAAACCGGCAAAUCCGACUGGUUUAAUACUUCAAGAAUCCGUGCUGCAGGAAAUGAAGGAAGGUGUCUUAUGUGAUAUCACUGUCAGCUGGACGAAACCGGAUAAAACUCCGGACUAUUACUUAAUCAUUUUAGUAUCCAUGGAACUACAACAGAAUACAUCUAGUUUCAGCGCCAACGUGACGGGAGACAUAAACCACGUCAAGUUCAGGUCUGUUAUCGUAGGAUUGUACUAUGAGGUGUUUAUAACCGCUUAUACAAUGUAUGGAAGCAGUGAGGAGGUUUUUGAAAAGCGUUCCUUCAACUUGAUUAAGCAGACUAAAAGUAACAAGAUCACCUUACUCUUUGUUGGAAUGAUAGCGUUUUUCGUACUAGUACUAGCACUCAUGAUACUGUGCAAGUACAGGUCCAAAUUGUUAAUUUUCAGUUUCAAUUCUAAAUUCGCUUUUAACGACUUGUACACUAAAGACCUUUGGGAAAUCAAUGCAGACGAUCUGCAUAUCGAGGAGAUACUGGGGGAAGGCGCCUUCGGCAUCGUUAAAAGGGCCACUCUCAAUCGAGACGGAUGCGAAAUCAAUGUUGCCGUUAAAACUGUAAAAGAAUAUUCGCAGGAUUUUAUCCUCAAGCAGUUUCAAGAGGAGAUUAGAAUAAUGAAAACCGUUGGUCAACAUCCUAACAUCGUGUCCAUGAUUGGAUAUAGUCAUCAAACUGAAAAGCCGCUGCUAAUUGUUGAGUUUUGCGCGAAUGGUAAUCUGCUUGCAUAUUUGAGAUCCAUUUGGAAUGAUUUGAUGGAACGCGGAGACGAAUUCGAAGCGCCUAAGAUGCGUUCGCUUCUGCACUUGGCGAAACAGGUUUCCGAAGGGAUGAUCCAUUUGGGUAAGAUGCGAAUGGUGCAUCGCGAUUUGGCAGCCAGAAAUAUUUUGAUCUGCGAGAACGGAACUGCUAAAGUUUCCGAUUUCGGAUUGAGCCGUGAUAUUUAUGCCGAUGACGUCUAUUGUCAGUUAGGAAAUGGAAAGGUUCCAUUGAGGUGGAUGGCGCUAGAGUCCAUAACACGUUUUAUCUAUACAUCAGAGAGCGACGUUUGGAGUUUCGGGAUUAUGCUGUGGGAAAUUGUUACACUUGGAGGCUAUCCAUAUUUAGGUUUGGACAACAAGGAAGUUGUUAACUUUCUGGUUGAUGGAAAGAGGAUAGAUAUUCCUAUAAAUUGCACCAGUAAUUUGUACAAACUGAUGGAUCAUUGUUGGAAGACCUCCCCGAAAGAUCGGCCCACUUUUGAAGAUAUUGGCAUUACUCUCACGAAUUUAAUAGAAGAGAUAGAUGAGAAUCUUUGCAUUAAGCUUUAA